AACUCAUGCCCGCUGGCAACGAAGGCUCCGGUCAUUUCGGCGGGCAUAUAUGACCGCUCGGCACUCUGCGAUAUAGGUAAGAGCGGUCAUAUAUGACCGCUUGGCAGUCAACCUGUUAAAUCCUCUUCUGAAAUACCCACAUUAUUGCCCAGAAAAACUUCUCUUCUCAUUUACAUUUCCUUCCUUCAAACUUUCUCAUCCUAGCUACCUUAUCGGAUCUAACACCAAAUAUUCGUCUUAACUCAACAGUCAAAUCAUCCCAUUGCAUAGUCACUAAAUCAUUUUUUGAGUGAAACCAGGACUUUGCUUGACCCGCAAAUUUGCCAACAGCAAUAAAAGUCAUCACUUGAAGGGGUACAUCAUAAGUAUUCUUAACAGUAUUCACUCUCUGCAGCCAAACUUCUAUGUCUUAAGCAAAUUUAGGCAACAAACUAGCAAUCUCACAUUUGAAAACUCUUUAUGAGAAGUAGGGGAGGUUUCAUGAGGUCCAGGUUGCGAUAAUGGAACACUAUUUUGCUGCCUGACGCGCUCAUACGACAUAAUAGCGCGAAUAGUAGCCUGCCCUUUGUCAUCUAUCGCAAUUGCAUGCACAUUUUCACUGCCACUCUCACUAGUACCUUGAUUUGGUAGAUUUUGUGUUAUGUAUUUCUCAGAAUCGUCUUUAUUAUGGGAAUUGUUAUCUCUUGCGCUGCCUUUAUCCAUCAUACCGUCGUCGCUUGACCGUUAGAUUUACCCCACAUCUGAACUGUAGAAUGGCCUUUUAUUCGGUUAAAGAAAUACACAAAUUACAACUUAUAACUUAUAAAUCCAUAAUUUCAAAUACAUAAAUUAAUACGUCUCGCCAUAAUCGAGCCACGUCAUCACUCAUGCAACCUAACAAAACGUAAUAACUGUCAACAUAUAUGACGUUAUAUCUAAAGGUGCGAAAUUCAAAUUUUAAAAUUAAAUACUACAAUUUCUAAAUCCAUUUUUUAUAAAAACCACAAACUUUAAGCCGCGUCCACACGGAAGCCGGCUUGCCGAUCGGGUUUUGGAUGGCUUCUGCCGAAUACACGACUACACUGAAAUGACAAACAGUGGCAUCAACAUGAAUAGUCCCGUAAAUUCAGUCGCAGUUGUAAUUUCUAAUAAAAAAAAAGAAAAAUAAGAGAUUUUGGGUGCGACCAAGUCUCCGGAGCCGAACUCGUUAUAGUGGAACAAACUUAAUUAACGAUCUUAUCCUCGAUGAUAAAGGUAUUUUGAAUUUUAGAAUACAGGUGCAACGGUGGAUUCCGCAAUUUUUUCAGAAUGUCAAGCAGCGAAUUUGAGUUUCUUUUAAAUUUAAUUGGACCUAAAAUUACCACACAGGAUACCAAUUACAGAAGAGCAAUUCCCGCAAAGGAAAAGUUAGCGUUGACUCACGUUGAUUCAUAUCAUUCGCUUAUGUAUCUUUUCAAAAUAUCGAAACAGUCAAUCUAAAAAUUUAUUCCAGAUAUGUGCACUACCAUUAUAGAAUCUCCAACUAAAUAUGUUAAGCUACUCAGUUCUAUUAGGAGAACAUAACACGACUACCAAAAUUGACUGCUCACCAGGCGGGACGUUUUGUGCCGAUCCGGUUCAAACAAGUCGUAUCAGCAAUAUUGUAGUGCAUAAAGAAUACCAGCAAUCGUCCAAAAAUCACCACCACGAUAUAGCAUUGAUUCAUCUGCGAAAAGCAAUUAAGCUUACAGAUUUCGUACAGCCCAUAUGUCUUCAAACUAAUAAUGAACUAAACGUUAAGAAAUACUAUAUAAGCGGUUGGGGAAAAACAGAAACGAGUGAAUCUAGUCCAGUAAAACUAAAAGUCGAUUUAGUUCCUUUUGAUAAGCAGGAAUGUCAAGAGAAAUUUGACAUGUUAAAUCUGGAAAUUGAUAAUACACAAAUUUGUGCUGGUGGCGAAAAGUUAAAAGACAGCUGCAAUGGAGAUUCUGGAGGACCUCUUAUGACAUUUAAUGGAACAAACUAUUUUGCCAGUGGCUUAGUUAGUUAUGGGAUAGGUUGCGGUAUGCCUGGAUGGCCUGGAAUCUACACGAGCAUACCGGCUUAUAUAGACUGGAUCACAGCUCAAAUAAUUGAUGUCAGUACACGGUCACCAAAAAUCAGGAAAAACAAGAAGAAUAAAAAGAAAGUGAAAGCUGAAGAGAAUGUCGCUACUUAAUUUUAACAUUAUAAAUUAAAUAAAAAGAUAUUUUAGGACAACUUUAAAAUGCAAUAUAUGACAUAUAAAUUUUAAACAUAUAGGUAUAUUUUUUAAUUCUGUACUUUAUUUAUCAACAUUGUUAUAAUAAAAAGAAAAUUGAAACAUCUUAGAAAA